AUGAGGAUUAGAAACAGAAGGGUUCCUUUGCCUCUUUCAUCUCUUUCUCCCAUACCUCUCUCAGAUCCCCAGUUUAGCCGGUCUCCGGUGGUGCAACUUCAAUUACACAACAGCUCACAUCAAAAUCUCUUUCAAGAAACUAGAAAAGAUGAAUACUUUGAUCUUCAACUGCCUUCUGAUCGACCAAAUCAACCGAUCGGAGGUGGAAGUAGAGGUUAUGAUGAUUGCUCCCGUGGUGCUUGGCCACAAGAAGAGAAGAAGGUUUUGCUGCAAGAGGGAGACGAGAUUAAAGGAGGAGAAGUAGGAGGGAAGAGUCAUGAUACCAGGAAGGGAAGUUUCUUGAGUGAAGGAGUGCACGUUACAGUUCUUCAACAGUCCAGUUCUUUCCAUCAAGGUAAAGGAGUUGGGAGAUGGGGUGAGGGAGAGAAGACAUUUCCAUUAAAGAAGAGAAGAGGGAGCUUUGAAAGGAGAUCGAAUGAAGAAACGAUAGUGGAGAGAAAUAAGAAAAUGAAAACCAAAAUGAAGACAAUGGUGAACAAGAAAUAUGUGCAACAGAAUGUUGACAAUGAAGAAGAUGAGAAGGAAACAAAGGAAGGUGCUAUUUCCGGUGGGAAAACGAAGGCUAGGGGUGGUGCACUAUUGGAGGGAUCACGGUGCAGUCGUGUCAAUGGGAGAGGAUGGAGGUGUUGUCAGCAAACCCUUGUAGGAUACUCUCUUUGCGAACAUCAUUUGGGUAAAGGAAGGCUAAGAAGUAUGAAUAGUGUUCGAAGCCGAUCCAUGGCUACUAAUGUAUCAAGGAAGGAUGAUCAGUCCCAGGCAUUAUCGAGCCCUUCAUUAUUAUCGUUGAAGAAAGAAGAGAGCAAGGAGGCUUCUUUAGAUGAUAAAGUUAGCGGUGCAUAUAAUGAAGAUGAAGAUGAUAAGGAGAAGCCAUUGAUGGUCUCAAGGAGGAAAAUAAGGCUUGGUAUGGUAAAAGCUCGAUCAAUGAGCAGCUUGUUGGGCCAAGCAAAUAAUGCAAGUGGAGUGGCGCCUGAGCAUAAUGAGUAG